CUGACGAAGCAAGCAUGGUGCCGUCUGGACUGAACUUGAGGGAGGAUAUUGCCAUAGUGUGUCCGCUCAGAAUGUACUUCACUGCAUAUUGUGGCCUCGAUCUAUCUGUCUCCUGCAUUAGUGCAUCUGGAGCAGGCGUAGACUGCAUGCGCCCGUUCGAAAGGUGAUGUUCUGAAGUUGUUUCCUCGACCUCUUCGUCUACUAAGUUCUCGUUUGGCACGACGGUGUCAACUUGUGAGGCGUCUCCGUUAACCCCGUUCAUCGAACAAUUGUCUUCGACGGCCAUGAGAAACUAAAAGUUGCCAGAUGAAUAAAAUGUGAGUCCCCAGUUUGCUAGCACUACGUACCUGCACACAUGUACGAUGGACAACUACGAAGAGGACUCAGAUCAACUGUAGAUCAAUUAACCGAAAUCCCGGUGUCUGGGGUCUACCAACUUUUUAGUUUUUCCUCUUCCACUACACAUAUCCUUCAAAAACAACGUGGAGAUGGCAGCAACAGCAGCGUGGCUUUCGCCUCCUUCACGGACAGAGCUUAUUGAAAAUCUGGUAUCUGGUGUUGACCGCUACAAUCCAUCAAAUGUCGGUAUUCUCGAGGAUUACCUCUACCACCAGAUCCGCAGCGAGGAGUAUGACUGCCUUGCUAACUUAGCUAUCUUGAAGCUCUACCAAUUCAACCCUGACCUCUUCAAUCCCGACGUUGUCAUUAAUAUCCUCCUCAAAGCUCUUACAGCAGAGCCUUUUCCAGACUUCAACCUCUGUAUAUCUCUCCUCGAUGAUCGGCCGCCAAAUUCCACGCUCGAGGAGCCCGACCCAUUGCCAACGCUUCUGCCGCUUCUCAUGAAUCUCUACAACCUUCUUCACCAGUGUCGUUUCUCUGCGUUUUGGACUCUGUACCGGUCCGAUGAGUUGGAGGUUAUAAGAGAGAAUUACACAGUAGAGUGUGCAGGAUUCGAAGAUGCCAUCCGGGAAGUCGCCGCGCGAUCAGUAAGGGCUACUUUCACGCGGAUCAGCAGUGAGAGGCUGGGAACCUAUGUGGAUCUAUCAGGACCAGAGUUAGAGGCAUGGAUCGCAAAACAACGAUGGUCAUUUGAUUCCUCGACUGGCGUGGUCAGCAUACCGCCAAACCCUGACAAUCAGAUUGAAUCGGUCGUCAUUCAAGAACAUAUCAAGCUUCCACAACUCAGCAAGGUCAUUUCACAUUCUGUACAGGUCAAAUGAUGACUUGCCACGGCAAUAUUCGUGUACACUGUACAUUACCCACUUAAUAUGAUCUCGAUGGAUGUGAUGCAAUUGGACA